AUGUAUGGGAGGAGGGCAGAAAAUUGUGCAAAAAAUCGACGAUUCGAUGAUGCUAUCGACUGCCAUCGGAAGGCCGUUUCACACUUUAACGAAGCGCUCAAGCUGCAAACUAACGCAAUUGUACAGGAUUCGCUUCAGCUGCAGCGAAAGUAUCACCUGAAGCAGGUCGAUUGGUUGCUGGUAAGGAAGCAGCAGUACGACCGUUACCUCCGGGCCCUCGAUUACCAGCGUCGCAAGAAUCCUGAAUUUCUGGUUCAACAGAUCGAAAAAAUGGACAAGUACAACGAGCUGCAGGUAGCAAUCUAUCAUAAUCUGGACGAUACGGACGGGUUACUGGAAACGUUAAGCAGAAACAUUACCACCAACAAUCCGGCGCUGGGUAUUUCAGCGAAUGCUGCUGCUGCUGGUGGUGGUGGAGGUACAAAAACCGUAAACGAGCUAAUUGCGCUCAACCACUCGCUUCACAUCCUGAUCCAGCGGAUGUCACAGAAUGUGGAUGAGUAUGCGACGGAAAAUGAGGAACUGCGGGAAAAGUUGCGCUAUUACGAGCGGGAAGCGAAGGAAACGGGCAGUGCCGAUGGUGCAAAGGGUGCCGAUGCUGACCCGUCGACAAACACGGGCAAGGUGCGUGGACACGGUGGUACGCAGCAGCACACGGGAGGUACGCUAAUGCACGACAAUCUGUCCACGCUGGCACCGCUCGAAAUGCCCGUGUUUGAUUUGUCCGAUUUUGAUAAUCAUUGA